CUUGCUCAGGCUGCUUGCACUGUUGAUCUGGUGAGAAGUUUCAAAGAACGCAAGGUGGAAGAAGGCUUCUGUGGCCGCUCUUUUUGGCAGGACGCUAUAUUUUGAAAUCGUUCUCAGGGCGUCCUUGCAAGGCCACAAUGUCGCGGCAUGAUCGAGAGUCAACCAGGCUGUACAUUGGUCGGCUCUCAAGGUCUUGCAGAACACGUGAUUUGGAUGAUGCAUUUAGCAGAUAUGGAAGGCUGCGGGACGUCGACAUCAAGAGCGACUUUGCUUUCGUGGAAUACUAUGAUCCACGGGAUGCAGAUGAUGCCGUCUACUACAUGAACGGCAGAGACGUAGCAGGCAGUCGCAUCACUGUUGAGUUUGCACGAAGGAGAGGCGCCGCCACCAGCCGCUAUGACGACUACCCCCGUGGUCCUGCCCCCGGCACCGGGCGGUGCUACAACUGCGGGAAGGAGGGCCACUGGGCCCGUGACUGCAAGUCUGGCGACUGGACGAACAAGUGCUACAAGUGCGGCGACAGAGGGCACAUCGAGCGCAACUGCCCCAACCCCGACGCAGGCGGCAAGGGACGAGACCGCAGCUACUCCCCCCGGGGCCGCAGCUACAGCAGGAGCCCCAGCCGCAGCCGCAGCCGUUCUCCCAGGCGCGGCCGCAGCGUGACCCCCCGCAGGGACAGCCGCAGCCCUGUCCAAAAGGACAGCCGGAGCCCCGUCCGAAAGGACAGCCGGAGCCCCGUUCGGAAGGAUAGCCGGAGCCCCGUCCGGAAGGACAGCCGGAGCCCCGUCCGAAGGGGAAGCCCGGACUCCAUGAGGAAGGAUAGCCGCAGCCCGUCUCGUGGGCGUAGCUUGACCCCCGUCAAAAAGGACGAUGACCGAAGCCCACCGCCAGCCAAGGAAGAGGAGAUGAAGGAAGCCGUCGAUGCAAACGGGAAGGAGGAAGCAACUGAGAGGGAGGAUAUCGAUCUGAACAAGGACGUAGCUAACGGGAAAGAUGAUUAGGCGAAUGCCCCUGAAGCUGCCGUAUAAUGAUGGUUUCGUUGAACAAGAGCUAGGUAGCAUUGCUUGGCGAGGGCAUUCUCAAGAAGCAAACUCACAUCAGUGUCGCCUCGUUAAAAAUCAAUCCAGCGAACCCGACACCUGGGCUCGCUUGUAGGCUUCUGGCAGAGGACUUUCCUGCAAUCGGAGAUUUUGAUUGAAGUCUAGAUCACCCAUCUUUCGGUUUACGAACAUUUUCAGGCGGUCUCAAUUGGAUGCUUCGGUUGUUCACCAAGUGCAUGGUUCGAUCGAGUAGGAAAGCCGGGGCACAUGCAUGUUAAAGAUCUGCAGUCGUUAAGUUUCAAUUUGAUUGCAUGAUGUAAAAUGGUCGGAAAUUUUAUUGAUACAAACAUGCAAAGAUUUGCAAACCCUUGGGCCGCGGAAAUUUAAGCCGGCAGCCUGCCCUGGAUUAAUUCGGAAAGAG